CAUCGCAUUUAGCCAAUAGAAACGUAGCAGCUUUUUCAUAUAAAGGGCGUUCGGAGACCGAAGCUCUUUAUUUCAGCUUAGUUCAUCAAACUUAACUGAAGUGCAAAAAUGAGUGGAAGGGGGAAAACCGGAGGUAAAGCUAGGGCGAAGGCCAAGACUCGCUCUUCCCGCGCCGGGCUGCAGUUCCCUGUGGGCCGUGUUCAUAGGCUUCUGCGCAAAGGCAACUAUGCCGAGCGCGUCGGCGCCGGCGCUCCCGUCUAUUUGGCUGCUGUCCUGGAGUAUCUGACCGCUGAGAUCCUUGAGUUGGCCGGCAACGCCGCUCGCGACAACAAGAAGACCCGUAUCAUCCCUCGUCACCUGCAGUUGGCUGUUCGUAACGACGAGGAGCUCAACAAACUGCUCGGAGGCGUGACCAUCGCUCAGGGUGGCGUUCUGCCCAACAUUCAGGCUGUACUGCUGCCUAAGAAAACCGAGAAGGCGGCCAAGACCAAAUAACUUUUUUUUUGUUUGUUUUCUGCUAAAUUGUAAAUAAUCAAAGGCUCUUUUAAGAGCCACCCACCAUAUCAACAAAAGUGCAGUUUUUUUCUCAUCCCCUUUCGACUUUCGAUCGAUCGUUAUAAGUUAUUUACAUUUACAGCAUUUAGCAGGCGCUUUUAUCCAGAGUGACUUACAAAAAGUGCUUUGUCUAUCCAGAGAAAGUAUCUUUGCUAGUUACCAAUAGGUUAGAAAGUCAGUCCUGAGCUCAGAUGCUGCUAGAAUCAGUCAUUAUUGACACCUAGAGAAAAUGGAAGAGUUAAACACACAGCAGUGCAAUACAAUACAUAAGUGCAGUUCAAUACUUUACAAUCAAUACUUAAUUCAGUGCUAAUUUAAGUGCUGUAUAAAGAGGUUAUUGUUUACGAUAGAAUUAAAUAAAAAGGUCACAGCUUCACCACGUCCCACGACUGCAUACUGAAACGUAAAAGCUCUUAUUCUACUCGAACAUAAGAUGAAUAAACCUACAUGAACGUCUGUGUAACUACGCGAGUGAAGGUCAAGUAACAGGCGUGUAAUAAUGAAUAAACCAAAAACUUGGCGGACAACUUCCAGUGCACCCCCCGUCCCCCUUCUCUUCCCAGCUAAAGACAUUUCCUUUGCACUCUUAUCUACUGUCAUGUACAUUAUAUAUGU